UGUCUCCCAUUCCAAGCUGCCUACCACACACACACUAGCUGCGAGCAGUACCAUCACUGGCCAAAACGUGACCCCGCUCCAGUCAACUUCCUCGUCGCCACCACACGACCGCACCUCUCCCAUGGCGUCCUCCUCGCCGCCGCACGUCGUGGAGGACGUGCCCCCGUUCCUGCAGCUCCUCAGCGACGGCACGGUGAUCCGCUUCACGGACGGCUACCCGCUCCCGAUCCCGUCGCCGCCGCCCGGCCAGCCCGUCGUCGACUGGAAGGACGUCGUGUAUGACGCCAGCCACGGCCUCAAGCUCCGCAUCUACAGGCCGGCGGCGGCCUCCUCCUCCGGGAACAAGCUCCCGGUGAUCGUCUACUUCCACGGCGGCGGGUACAGCAUCGGCAGCUUCGACAUGCCCAACUUCCACGCGUGCUGCGUCCGCCUCGCCGGCGAGCUCCCGGCUGUGGUGCUCUCUGCAGACUACCGCCUCGCCCCCGAGCACCGGUUCCCCGCGGGCCUCGACGACGCGGCGAACGUUGUGUCCUGGGUGCGCGGCCAGGCAGCGGCUGUUGGAGACAACGCCGACCCAUGGCUCUCGGAGACGGCGGACUUCGACCGGGUGUUCGUCGCCGGGGACUCGGCCGGCGGGGGCGUCGUCCACCACACGGCCGUCCGCCUCGCGUCGGGCCGGCUCGGCCCCCUCGAGCCCGUUCGCGUCGCCGGGUGCGCGAUGCUCUGCCCGAUGUUCGGCGGGGAGGAGAGGACGGCGUCGGAGGCGGAGUUCCCGCCGGGCCCGUUCCUGUCGCUGCCGGCGGUCGACCAGGCGUGGCGCCUGGUGCUGCCGCCUGGGUCCACGAGGGACCACCCGCUGGCCAACCCGUUCGGCCCGGACAGCCCGGCCCUUGACGGCGUCGCGCUGCCUCCGAUGCUCGUGGUGGCCGCCGCGCACGACCUGCUGCGCGACCGCGCCGCGGACUAUGCCGCGAGGCUCAAGGCCAUGGGGAAGCCGGUGGAGCUCGUGGAGUUCGAGGGGCAGCACCACGGGUUCUUCGCCGUCGAGCCGUACGGCGACGCCGGCAGUGAGGUGGUCCGGCUCGUCAAACGGUUUGUCUACGGUAACGGCGGCGCCUCCGACUAAAUUGGAGAUCGAGCAAAGCAGUUCAGUUUGUAUCGCUGCUUUGUGAAGGGCGAGUGGAGUAACAUUUUGUUUUGGACACUCGUAUGUCAUACUCCUCAAAAUACAAAGAUGCCAAAAACUUAGACA